UUCAAUUUUUUUUCUUAAUUUAUUCUUUGGUACUUAUAAAACUCUUGAAGUUAUAAUUCACAUUUGGUCUAUCUACCACCCCAGCAACUAUACCAUUUCAGUAACUUGGUUGUGCUGAAAUCCUUAAUUAGCCUCUCUUAUCCUAAUAAUGGAGGAUUCAUGGCAUAGCUUGGUUUCUCAAUGGGAAAUGGAUGAUUUCUUCAACCAAAGCCACAUGGUCCAUUGCAAUGAAGAUGAGUCUCUGAAAGACAUUAUUGUUUUCUCUCCCGAAAGCAAUAUUCCAUCUUCUUCCUCCCUCCAAAGUAACUUCAACUCCAAAACUUCAUCAUUUUCUGCUGCCCAUGUUUUCUGUUUUGAUAACCCUAAUUCUGAAGCACAUCAGAACCACCCUUCCAAAAGCACCACACAGAGCCAAAACGCGAUCUCUAGAGCAGACAGACAACAUCACAUAUUGGCUGAGAGAAAAAGGAGAGAAGAAUUGACGAAUAACAUCGUAGAACUUUCCGCCAUCAUUCCUGGGUUAAAGAAGAUGAAUGACGAAUAUAGCAUGACGAUUGAUGACCUAAUAAAAGCAGUUGGAGGAUGCUUAUUGAAUUUGAAGUCACAGAAGGUGUUAAAGUGA